CCAUUCCGUCCUCUGUAUACAGAGGAGAAUAAGAAGAACACAUAAAUUAUCCUUUUUUUUUCCUCUCUUCUCUUCAGAUAUCUUCUUUUGAUCCUCUUACGACUCCAAUCAAAACCCUAAUUUUUUUAGCGUUAACUAGGUAGUUUCGUUCGAAUCAAUCCAACCUCUUUGGUAUCUAUAUACACACUCCAUUACCUCCUUAAUUUCGUUGGCUCUGUUUUUUUUUUUUUGGGGGGUGUUUGUGAGCUGUGAAUUCUUCGAAAGUAGGAGUUUUUAUUUUAUUUUAUUGGGGUUUCAGUGUUUAUUGAUCUGGGUUUUGUAUUUGGAGGAGGAGAAAGGGAUUACAUAUGGGGUCGAAUAAUAACGAGAAUUUGUAUGCUGUUCUCGGUUUGAAGAAGGAAUGUACCACCACGGAGCUCCGCUCUGCUUAUAAGAAGCUUGCUCUUAGAUGGCAUCCGGAUCGUUGUUCGUCAAUGGACUUUAUUGAAGAAGCAAAGAAGAAAUUUCAGGCUAUCCAAGAAGCUUACUCUGUUCUGUCUGACUCCAACAAGAGGUUCCUGUAUGAUGUUGGAGCUUAUAAUACUGAUGAUGAUGAUGACCAAAAUGGAAUGGGAGACUUCUUGAGUGAAAUGGCGGCUAUGAUGAAUCAAUCCAAGCCUAGUGAGAAUAACACAGGGGAUAGUUUUGAACAGCUACAAGAUCUGUUUAAUGAGAUGUUUCAAGGAGACGCUGCUGCAUUCUCAUCAUCAUCGUCAUCAUCAUCUUGCUCCACUUCAACGUUCACUUCCUCUUGUAGUUUUGUAUUUGAUACAAACGCACAGCAGUCAUCGUCAUUCGAUACAAGUUCAGUGGGGAUGAAUGAUCCUUUUGGAUUUGACCCUAGAGCUCAUCAUACCUUCUCUUUAGGGGUUGACCAUCAGCAGGAUUUCAAGAAAGGGAAGAACAAUGGCGGAAGAAGAAACAAUAGAAGGAAGAACAAUGUCCCAUCAGCUGGUCACGAGACAUCGUCAUCAAACAACUUUGGAGUCCCCACCUCAUAACUGGACACUUCACUCCAUAUUUUUGCGAACUCAUCUACACAUUUGUCGACUAGUCACGCAGACAAGAUGAGUGGUUCUAGUCUUCUCAACGAGGAUGCAUAAGGAAAGAAAACUCAAAUAUCGUCGUUUUGUGAACCACCCUCCUUCUUUCUCUCGAAGCUUCUUUUUUGUUUCUCUCUGCUUAUGUCAUUGGAUUGUUUUUGUCUCCUAGGAUUCUUGAGAUCAAUGAAAUCAACUACUUUAUGUUGAUCAAAUACAACACAUGGUCCUUCUGAA